AUGGUUGUUAACUCAGACUCGGUCAAGGCUUCCGCCUACGUGGCCCCAGUGGCGGUCCCCACGUCCAAGACGCAACAGGCACUCGUGGCCAAGCCCUCUGGUCCUGAUCGCCUCUUCUCGCAACCGCACCAGUCAUUUGGUGACUGGAGGGACGAUCUGCUUCGUGAUGGUUAUGUCGUCGUCAAGGGUGCGGUUCCACGAGACAGGGCCGACCGAUAUGCCGACGCUAUGUACAGCUGGCUGGAAAACUUCAAUGGCGGAAUGGGUUUUCGCAGGGACGACCCUUCGACUAUCAGAAACGAGCAUCUGCCCAUCAUCAACGAGAAGGGCAUGGUCAAUGGCUACGGCGUGGCCCACGAGUCGUUUACGUGGGCAGUACGGCAAGAGCCCGGCGUUAUUGACGCUUUCCAAAAGGCGUAUGGCACGCCAGAUUUGAUUGUGUCAUUUGACAAUAUCAACAUGGCGUUCCCUAGUCGCUCUGACGUCGCCAGCAAUAAGCCAUGGCCUCACCAGGACCAGGACCCUGCCAAACCGGGUUUCCGGUGCCUGCAAGGCAUUGUCAACAUCCUUCCGAAUGGCGACCGCGACGGCGGCCUCAUCGUGUGUAAAGGGGCCCAUCUGCUCAGCGAGGAAUUCCACGAGGCCUUCAAGAACGAACCCAACCGGAUCUGGGCUUGGACGAACGAGUGGUACGGCUUCACUGCCGAGGGCAUGGAGUGGCUGAAGAACAAGGGCUGCGAAUGGAUCAAGGUCAACGCAGAACCGGGUGAUCUCUUGUUGUGGGACAGCCGCACCCCGCACUACAACCUCAGUCCCGAGGGCACCCAGCCGAGAUUUGCCAUGUACACAUGCUAUCUGCCCGUCACGGAGGCCACACACGAGGACUUGAUUCGGAAGAAGGGUGCCUUCGAGGAUCUCAAGAGUACCACGCAUUGGCCAAAUGCCAUGCAUGUCGGUGGCAUUCCUGUUCUCCGGGACGGUGUGCCCUGCCCGUACAACAAGGACAGACCAAUCGAGAGGCCAGUUCUUUCAGAAGUCGGCUACAAGCUCACUGGAAUUCCUUAUAUCAAGGCGUAA